AAUCAAAAGCUGCACCAGCUGAUCUCUGUGACCGUCAUUAAGUGUGAGUUAAGCCGUAAAUAAGGACAAUGACAGGACACCACUGGGGAUACGGAAAAGAGGACGGUCCUUCAGCAUGGCACACAGAGUACCCAGUUGCCAAAGGAAACCGCCAGUCUCCCAUUGACAUCAUUCCUGAUGAGGCUAGACGUGACAGCAGCCUGGGUCCUAUUUUCCUGAAGUAUGACCGGUGUACAUCUCUUAACAUCGCUAACAAUGGACACUCUGUAGUUGUGGAGUUUAAUGACUCUGAUGACCGCUCAGUGAUUCAAGGAGGCCCUCUUGACAACCCUUAUAGACUCAAGCAGUUUCACUUCCAUUGGGGUGAAAAGGGAUGUGAAGGAUCUGAGCACACUGUAGCAGGAGUCGGCUAUGCAUCGGAGUUGCAUUUAGUUCACUGGAAUGCUGCCAAGUACAAGACAUUUGAGGAAGCAGCAACGGCUCCUGAUGGCCUUGCUGUUCUUGGGAUCUUUUUAGAGCUAGGUGACGACCACAGAUGGCUUCACAUGAUAACAGAUGCUCUGUACAUGGUGAAAUUUAAGGGCAGCUCCACAGAUUUCAAAGGUUUCAAUCCCAAGUGCCUCCUACCCAGCAACCUCCACUACUGGACUUACCUGGGGUCACUGACCACGCCUCCCUUACACGAGAGCGUCAUCUGGAUUGUCCUGAAAGAGCCGAUCGUAGUCUCGGAAAAGCAACUGGGGAUGUUCCGACUGCUCCAGUUCAGUGGUGAAGAGGAUAGUCAGAGGAUGCGCAUGGAAAACAACUUCAGGCCUCCUCAGCCUCUCAAAGAGAGGCUAGUGCGUUCCUCCAAUUAAGUUCACCUCUGUGCAUAUCAACUUGUAGAAGACAAAAUCAGUUUUUGUGUUUGUGUGACGGGGCAUGCUUUAUUGCAAGUGUACUUUUACUGCUGUUGUAGUUUCUCCAAAAGCUUUUUUUGAUCCAUUUUGCACAAAGUAACAUUAGCAGGAGUAAGUUUCUGUCAAAACAGAGAUGCAGUUUUUUUGUUGUUUUUUUUAAUCUGAAAUCUUUGAUAAUUUGUAAAUGAUAUUUUCUAAAAGGUUUUAAAGAUAUCACAAGACAUUUGUUGUCAAAUUUUAAAAGAAAUUUAUUUAAGCUUAUAAGUUGAAGAUAAAAACCUGGUUUGCACUCCAACGCCAGAAGCAGUUCAUCGAAGAAAGCAAGCAACACUGUGAAAUGAGUAGCAGCCAGAUCUACAGGCUACCAACAGCCAUCAUUUAGCACUGAUCCUCUAUCAACUGUUUACCUUUAGAUAAAACUGCUCUGUUGUCCAUAAAUCAAAAUGGGACAUGGAUUUCCUCAGGUACCUUGUUGAUGAAUAUUUUAAAAUGUUUCUAACAAGAUCUAUUUUUGAGAUAUAUUAUGAUGUGGUGGCAAUAACACAAUGUUUGACACCCGACUGAGAAGUGGCUCUUAAGUAAUUAUAGUUUUGUUGCAAGAGAUGUAAUUUCUGGGUGGCUUAAAUAUUUUUUUAUAAUGGAUCUAUCUGAAAUUUCUCUAGAAGAAAAUAAAAUUCUAAAUAUCCUUUUCUCAGUUUCCCACCAUUUUUUGUAAGAAUCAGAAGUUUGACUUUUUACUUUUUGGAAUAUUGCUAUCCAGCAUGUGAGUCACGACUGAACACUUUUGAGGCCCAACACUCUCU